AUGCACAGCAUUGUCUGCAAACUCUUCCUCCUUGCCUUCCUGGCGACACCGCCCAUGGCCGCCGCCAACCACGGCGGCUCAGCCGCGGGACAAAUUAUCCGGUCCACCUGUGCCGCCACACUGUACCCCGAACUCUGCAUUUCCACCGUCGAGCUCAACCUCCCCACGGCCGCCGUCGAGAGCAGCCGGGACGUGCUGGCGGCCGCUCUCGACCGCACGAUCCGCGCCGUCGAGCACAACCGCGUCAACAUCCAAAAAUCCGCCCGCCUCGUCAGCGGCAAGCAUGCUGGCCUCACGUCCCGGGCCCUCGACGACUGCCUUGAGAUGGCGGGUUACGCGCUGGACGAGCUCCGGGCCGUGGCCGACCACCUCGAGAACCGCGCAGAAUCGAGAGUCGACGACGUGCUGACGUACCUGAGCGCGGCGAUGGCGAACCAGCUGUCGUGCGUUGACGGGCUCCCGCCGCAUGGGGCCCUAGUGCACGACCACAUGCACGUCUUCCGCCUCGUCAGCAAUCUGCUAGCCAUGGUGAGAAGCCUUCCGGACCAUGUAGUCUCGGGCUGGGGGCCGGGUCGGGACGGAUGGCCCGACUGGCUGUCGGAGGGUGACAGACGGAUGCUGGAGGCGUCGGAGGUGACGCCUAACGUGACGGUUGCGGCCGAUGGGAGCGGGGACUAUGUGACUAUUCAGGAGGCAGUGGAGCGGGCCCCACGUAACAGCAAUGAGAGGUACGUUGUUCGGAUAAAGAGGGGAGUGUAUCAGGAGAACGUGACGAUCCCGAGCAAUAGGUGGAACAUGAUGUUCGUCGGGGACGGGGAGGGGGAGACGGUUAUUACGGGCAACCGGAGUUUCGGGACUGGCUACCCCACUUUCCGCACGGCCACAGUUGCCGUGAAUGGCCCUGGUUUUCUAGCCCGAGACAUCACAUUCGAGAACACGGCGGGCCCGUCAAACGACCAGGCCGUGGCCCUCCGCGUGAGUGCCGACCUCGCCGCCUUCCAUCGGUGCACCAUGUCGGCCUACCAAGACACCCUCUACACCCACACCUUCCGCCAGUUCUACUCCGCGUGCACGGUCUCCGGUACCAUCGACUUCAUCUUCGGCUUUGGUGCCGCAGUCCUGCAAGACUGCGACAUCUUGGUCCGCCGACCCGACCCGCAUCAGAGCAACAUGGUCACUGCCGACGGGCGGGCAGAUCCGGGCCAGAACACCGGGAUCGUCAUCCAAGGGUGUCGGAUCCGGGCCGACGAAGACCUGCUGCCCGAGCAGGCCCACUUCCCGACGUACUUGGGCCGGCCGUGGCGCCCGUACGCAAGGACGGUGGUCAUGCAGACUGAGAUAUCGGACGUCGUGCGGCCCGAGGGGUGGCGUAGGUGGAGCAACAGCGAUUACAAUCACCACACUUGCUUUUACGCCGAGUAUGAAAAUACGGGCGACGGUGCCGACACGUCUCAUAGGGUUACGUGGCGGUGUUUUAGGGUGCUGGCGGGGGAUGAGGAGGCAGAGCCGUUCACGGCAGCGAAAUUUAUUGACGGCGAGGAGUGGCUGCCGGAUACAGGCUUUCCGUUUGCACUCGGGCUUUGA